AUGCUCUAGGAUGCGGUGCAGGUGGGCGAGUGGCCUGCGCCAUGCGGCACUGCAGUUGUCAUCUCAGGCCUGGCCCUGAACUCUGUGUUCUCGAAUCCUCUCCUCCUUGUGUCCCACUCCUUUCACGGUGUCUUGUGUAAGUAGCAUGGUCAAUGCAGCAGCGAUGAGUGGCUCUGGAAACCUGAUGGAUUUCCUUGACGGGCCAUUCCCUGGUGUGGGGACAUAUGAGGACUUCCACACCAUUGACUGGCUGAGGGAGAAGUCACGGGACACCGACAGACACAGAAAGAUAACGAGCAAGAGCAAGGAGUCCAUAUGGGAGUUCAUCAAGAGCUUGCUGGACGCCUGGUCGGGAUGGGCGGUAAUGCUGCUCAUCGGCCUGCUGGCGGGCACCCUGGCCGGGGUCAUCGAUCUUGCCGUCGACUGGAUGACAGACCUGAAGGAGGGCAUCUGCCUGUCGGCCUCCUGGUACAGCCACGAGCAGUGCUGCUGGACUUCCAAUGAGACCACGUUUGAGGACAGGGACAAGUGUCCCCUGUGGCAGAAGUGGUCGGAGCUGCUGGUGAAACAGUCGGAGAACCACUGUGGACCGUAUAAGAAAUCAUGUCCUCCUAGGGCGUUCCCUGGUGGCGCUGUGGUUAAGAAUCUACCUGCCAGUGCAGGAGACAUGGGUUCGAGCCCUGGUCUGGGAAUAAAGACCAUCCUGAGCGGCUUCGUCAUCAGGGGCUACUUGGGCAAGUGGACCCUGCUGAUCAAGACUGUCACCCUGGUGCUGGUGGUGUCCUCGGGCCUGAGCCUUGGCAAGGAAGGGCCGCUGGUGCACGUGGCAUGCUGCUGUGGCAACUUCUUCAGCAGCCUCUUCUCCAAGUACAGCAAGAACGAGGGCAAGAGGCGCGAGGUGCUGUCAGCUGCGGCCGCUGCCGGGGUCUCUGUCGCCUUUGGUGCUCCGAUCGGGGGUGUGCUUUUUCAGUCCGGAAGAGGUGAGCGUGGGCACCGGAGGGUCAGCUACUACUUUCCCUUAAAGACCUUGUGGCGGUCCUUCUUUGCGGCCCUGGUGGCAGCCUUCACGCUGCGACCCAUCAAUCCCUUUGGGAACAGCCGCCUCGUCCUCUUCUACGUGGAGUAUCACACGCCCUGGUACAUGGCCGAGCUCUUCCCCUUCAUCCUGCUUGGGGUCUUCGGGGGCCUGUGGGGAACGCUCUUCAUCCGCUGCAACAUCGCCUGGUGCAGGAGGCGCAAAACCACCAAGCUGGGGAAGUACCCGGUGCUGGAGGUCAUCGCGGUGACCGCCAUCACUGCCGUCGUUGCCUACCCCAACCCCUACACGCGCCGCAGCACGAGCGAGCUCAUAUCCGAGCUCUUCAAUGACUGCGGGGCCCUCGAGUCCUCCCAGCUCUGUGACUACAUCAAUGACCCCAACACGACGCGGCCCGUGGACGACAUCCCCCACCGGCCGGCCGGGUCGGUCGGCGUUUGCACGGCCAUGUGGCAGCUGGCCCUGGCGCUGAUCUUCAGAAUCGUCAUUACCAUAUUUACCUUUGGCAUGAAGAUCCCGUCCGGUCUCUUCAUCCCCAGCAUGGCUGUGGGGGCCAUGGCAGGCAGGAUGGUGGGAAUUGGCGUGGAGCAACUGGCUUACCAUCACCACGACUGGAUCAUCUUCAGGAAUUGGUGCAGGCCCGGAGCAGACUGCGUCACCCCAGGGCUCUACGCCAUGGUGGGAGCCGCCGCCUGCCUAGGUGGAGUUACCAGGAUGACGGUGUCGUUGGUGGUCAUCAUGUUUGAAUUGACGGGUGGUCUCGAGUACAUCGUGCCCCUGAUGGCGGCGGCCGUGACCAGCAAGUGGGUGGCUGACGCCUUUGGGAAGGAGGGCAUCUACGAGGCCCACAUCCACUUAAAUGGGUACCCGUUCCUGGACGUGAAGGACGAGUUCACCCACCGCACGCUGGCCACCGACGUCAUGCGGCCACGGCGGGGGGAGCCGCCGCUGUCCGUGCUCACCCAGGACAGCAUGACCGUUGAGGACGUGGAGACGCUCAUCAAGGAGACCGACUACAAUGGCUUCCCCGUGGUCGUCCCCAGGGACUCGGAGCGCCUCAUCGGGUUCGCCCAGAGGAGGGAGCUGAUUCUCGCCAUAAAGAACGCCAGACAGAGGCAGGAGGGCAUCGUGAGCGACUCGGUCAUGUACUUCACCGAGGAGCCCCCUGAGCUGCCAGCCAACAGCCCGCAGCCCCUGAAGCUGCGGCGCGUCCUGAACCUCAGCCCUUUCACCGUCACGGACCACACCCCCAUGGAGACGGUGGUGGACAUUUUCCGGAAGCUGGGGCUCCGCCAGUGCCUGGUGACGCGGAGCGGGUGA